CACAUCAAUAUACCUACCUACUACCCAGCUAAUGAUUUCCUUUGAUAAUUCGAGAAAUUAACAUAAAUCUAGAAUAUUAUUGUUAUUCUUAGGCUAGUUUCUUACUAUAGGAAUUCAAAAACUACUGCGCAAUAAGAUCACGAAAGAACUACACACCUAGUAGGUACCUAAUACCUAUCUAGUCAUUAUGGAGGAAUCUGAAUAUAUCCCUACCGACGAGAGUAUCACUUGUUGUGAUUGCCAAAAAAGUGACUAUUUUGACCACACAGGAGACUCAAGUUACUCCUUGUGCAGACAUUGCGGCCAUACAGUAUGCAUGGAAUGCAAAAAGGGUUUCGAAUUUGGUGGAUUUGGAGGUAGAAUUGAAAUACCUGUCUUGAUGGGGCAGGAGUCCAAAGUAUAUGAAGAGGGACCCAUGGUAUUUGCCCACGGAAGAAGUGAGCCAAGCAUAACCAAUAGAAUUCUAGAAAGUCGUAACGAGCCUGUCAUCGUUGAUACCAGUAAGGAGGAACGAGCGGAGAAACUAGAUCCUCAAGGUAAUGAACAUCUUGGUGCACAUAUGAAUUCAUUGCCUAGUCCAUUCGAAGAAGAUUCCGAGUCCUCUGACGCAUCAUCUUGCAAUGAUUCAAUUUUCUCCGGGCCAGCUUCUAUUGCUAGCACUCAAGAAUCCUUAAUGGAUCCGAUAAUAGUCCCUCUAGCGAUUGAAGAAUUCACGCACCUGCUUUGCCAAGACGAAGCGAUGAUGGCAGAUAUCUCGAAGGCUGUAUCAACCAAGUAUAUCGAAUUUGACAGAACACGAAAUAGAUUUCGAAAACUCCUAAAACGCCAUGCUUUAGAUCUCAAAGCAGAGGCUCGCAAUGACAGCCACCAAGCCUUUAUAAGACUUGUCAGCUCACUUUCAUCAAGCAUCACUCGGGAGCUCUUUUCGAAAUUUGGCAUGGACAACCAAUUCCAAAUUCCUAGUUUUCUUCAAAAUAUUCCAGAUCGUCGACAGAAAGUCAACGAUUAUAUUCGAAAACAAUAUAAUCACGUCGAGCCUGUUGAGUCCCAAGACGAUAGCGACCAAGACUCUUUGGACGAGGAAGCCGACGAAGAAUUGUACGAUGAAUCUCUUCCACCUCUCGAUCAAUUAUCCCAUUUUAUUACGAGUAGCAUCGCUUAUGAGACUCUGCGUCGACGAUUUCAUGAGUUUGUCUAUCCUAGUUUGAGAUCAAAACUUCGGAACCUGUUGGAAUUGUGGUCAAGGCACGAUAACAAAUAUCACGCCUAUGUACUUCGCUAUGGUCUUCCAAAUCUCGCAGCGGAGCUACAGCACAUCAAUCCUCAUGAAAUCAAAUUUCCACCUGCUGACGAGAGAGUCGAUUACAUGACUCGACUCACUGGAAAUUGCCAGGAUACGAUAGAACGUUGGACUGGGGAACGCUGGGACUGGUCUCCAUUGCCCCGAUGCGCGAGAUCCCUUAAAGCUGGGGAAUCAAGAAUACGAUGGGAGUGUAACUGCGGUGAGAUGAGGCAGGCAGAAGUUCCAUUAGCCUUUAUCAAACGGCUACAGUCAAUUAUUCACAGUCUGCCUCACUCUCCACAGCCCCCUACCGCCUCAUUCCCCGGAGGGUCAAGUGGAUUGGCUAGCACAAGUAAUAACGGAAGCCAUACAAAACCCCCUCAGAAAAUUCAAGGGAAUCAGCAGCCCGCUAGUUCACCUUCAUCUAAUCCGCUCCAGUCAGGGCCAUGGCCUCAAGCUGUCAUUUCCGGUCCAAACACCCUAAGUCAGCGCAUACUGUUCAUCGCCGAAAGAGGUAUGGAAUAUAAAAUGGCACAAAUCGGCGUUGAUGGAAUUUUUGGUGGGGAGUUUUUCAGCAUGUUGAAAAAUGACUAUUUCCGUCUCCGCGGGUUCAUUAGGACUUGGUUCAGUAUUUGGAGAUACUCCCACUGCGAUUUUUACAAGUGCGAAAAAUUUGAUGAUCAUCAGUUCGUCCCAAGACAGAAAAAUGUGUUCCCCGAAGUCACAAACGCGGACUACGAGUAUCAACCACGGCCAAUGGACUUCAUCCCUCCCAUAAGCGAGCACGAAUUUACAAGACGCUUUUACGCAUGUAACAAGGGACGGCUUCCAUUUCAUUGGCAUCAUACGUGUGGGGCAUCGAAAGGGGAUUCCAAUGCCAUCCUAAGCUUCUUUCCAAAGAAGAAGACAGAAUUCAUAGAGACGGGAUCCGACAGGGAGUAUUUCUGGGGGAUUUAUGCCCGUGAGAUGAUUAGCCUCCGAUGGGUGCUAGCUUAUAACGUUGGUUGUGCCUUGCCGAUGCUUGUCGUUUUCGCUGUCCGGAUCCUUCCUGCGGGAUAUGCAACUAACUUACAGGACCCAUCGGUUCCGUUCACAAUGAUGAUUGGGAUGCUAUCAUUGUUCUGGGCCAUUUUCCUCAGCAGUUUGCAGUUUGGAAGAUCAACUGGUUGAGCUCUACUCUGUAAUCGCCUUUCAUAUUAUUGUUUUGGAGUUGACGGAGUGAAGAGAUACAAAAAGUGAUUGAUUAGCCAACAGUAUAACUACAAGGAGUUUUAGUGAUUUAAUGCGCUAUAUUUUGGCCACUAUAAGCUACCUGUAUUAAUAGCGCAUGUCGUCCCUAAAUUCCAUAACGAAUAUAGCGUCUUUCAGAG